AUGGCGACGUUUUCAACGAGCCAGGAAUGGCUACGCCAGUGCACACUUCUGGUGGAAGCCCGGCCCCAGACGACCAAGAUCACGUCACGCUACUCGGUCAAGCCCAAGCCGGCGCGUCGCGUCAAGAGGGCGGCUGCUGCCGGCAGCGAGGAGGCUCCCAGUGCCGGUGCAGCGAAGCAGACAGCAGCCGCUCCAGCCGCCCACACUUCGCAGAACCCGCGCGCCAAGCUCGUCCUCAAGGCCGUCGACCCGGCCAGCGGCGUGUGUCUGCGCUACGAGACGACCAAGGCGGCCGAGGUGUCGCGGCUGGUGCAGCUGCUCGGACAGCUGAGCCGGCGGCAGGCAGGCCUCGCUGCUGCUCAGGAGACGGCGGAAGACGUCGCCAUGACAGAGGCCGAACCGACAGCUGCGUCCACACCCACCCCGGCCGGACAGACUCCCACACAAGCACCCGCACCUGCACCACAACAACAACAGACUGGCGGAGGCGGCAAAGGCAAGAAGAAGAAGGGCAAGCGGUAG